AGAGCGCACUUGCCUGUGUUGACACCCGACGGAUAUGCGGCGAUGCUCUGGCGUGUGAACGCGUUUGCAGCGCUCUCUAGGAAGCAGCUACGGAGAGAUUUCGCCUCGGAUGAGAGAUUAGAAGGACGUACCACCAGCAUCCGAGAAAAACGCUAUCUUUUAGUCAAUCCCGUCUGCUCGGUGUCAGCGGCCCAUCGACUGUCAGAGGAAGCCGGGGGCUGGAUUUGAAAUGUCGCAGGGAUGUGCUGAAAGCUUAAAGAUGAAAGGAGGCAGAGGUGGAGUGAGCCCCUCCUUGUCCAGGACAGGUUUUCAUUAAACCUUAGUGGAAGCAGUGACGGCUGUGUCCAGGAGGUGAUGGAAGUGCUGAUUGUGCUUCAUCACCACUACUACCCAUUCCUACAGAUGGACACUCCCCUCCUGCACACCUGAGCCCGCACUCAGUGCUGUCUCCUUCCGCCCUUUCUCCUUCUGCCUCCCCUUGCUCAUUUCCCACCUCUCCCUCCACCCUCCUCAUCCAGCUGUUACUUGUUUCCCCCUCCCCACCACUUCUUACUUACCCUCCAUUAGAUUUUCCCCUUGAUAAUUUUCACCCUACCUCUAUUACUAUAUGAUGGCGUGCUACGGACGCUCUCUGGACUCUCCGUGCACACUAGCCUUGCUGGUGGGUUUCCAGUUUGCCUUUGUUCUCUAUUUCUCUCUCGGGGGCUUCAGAGGCUUGGUGUCUGUCCUGGUGCACACCACAGAGCCGGAGUUUGAUUACUCUCGACCUCAUGAUGUCUAUACCAACCUCAGUCAUCUAGGAGUACCGCCUCCCCCGCCUCGAAACUCGGGCACUGGACCCCCUGCCACAGGUCCCCCACUGAGAGACUGUCAGAUUCCUUCACCGCUGCUUGUUGGACCUGUGUCUGUCCAUCUUUCCUCUCCUCUGUCUUUGGAGGAGAUCAAACAGAGGAACCCGUUGGUAUUGCCAGGCGGACACUACCGGCCACCAGACUGUGAGCCUCGCCACCACACGGCCAUAGUGGUACCGUACCGGAACCGGCAGAUCCACCUCCGUGCUCUCCUCUAUCACCUCCACCCUUUCCUGCAAAGACAGCAGAUCCACUACAGCAUCUAUAUAGUGCAGCAGUGGGGGAACAGUACUUUUAACCGAGCCAAGCUGCUGAAUGUUGGGGUGCGGGAGGCACUCAGAGAUGAAGACUGGAGCUGCAUCUUCCUGCACGAUGUCGACCUGCUGCCUGAAAAUGACCACAACACAUACACCUGUCACAAACAGUUCCCCACACACCUGUCUGUGGCCAUGGACAAGUUCAGAUACAGGCUGCCGUACACACAGUAUUUUGGUGGAGUGUCUGCAGUGACCCCAGACCAGUACAUGAAGAUGAACGGCUUCCCUAACCAGUACUGGGGCUGGGGCGGAGAGGACGAUGACAUUGCUGCCAGAGUUCGCCUGUCAGGCAUGAAGAUCAUGCGCCCCCCAGUGGCUAUUGGUCAUUACAAGAUGAUCAAGCACAAAGGAGACCGGGGCAAUGAACAAAACCCACGCAGAUUUGACCUUCUGAAAAGGACCAGACUCAAUUGGCGGUCUGAUGGCCUCAACUCUCUGACCUACGAACUCCUUUCCAGAGAACUGGAGCCUCUCUACACCAAUCUCACCGUCGACAUUGGAGAAGACCCCCGCGUGCCCCCGGGCAAAGCACCCAUCCCUGUGAAAACAACAACUUCCAUUCAUCAACAUAGCAAUAGCAAGACAGGGGACGCAGCCACACAGGACAAGAGGCAAGAGAGCAAUGGGGCAAACAUGACUGUGGCCAAACCUGCUGCUGAGAAAACAGAAUCUGCCCGGUCAAAGGCGGCAAAUCAAACAACAGAGGGGCAGACAGGUGUGGUGAAAUAGGACGAGGUGUAUAAGAAAUGGUCUGCAUCACAUCUGUAGCAUAAAGUGGCUUCUUACUUGAUUUUGAUCUGAAAAACAAAAAGCAGUGUAGAUCUGUUCUGUUGUUGGACAUAAAGUACACCAGCUUUCUGUACUCAGUUCAGGUUAGGGAUAGUUUUGAAUGGAUCAAAUGAAAAAGCCCCUGUUUUUCUUCAGGGGUGCCUUUAGGAACACGACCAAGUCACCACUCGGUUUAUCGUCCACUGAAUGUGACACUGGCUGUCGUGAAUGACACGUCUAUAGUUCAUGACUUAUAUGCGGCCAGGAGACAAAUGGUGAAUAACUCAGUCUUACCCAUGUAGAGGUCCAAACUAAAUGAAAAUGAGACAGCAACUACAUCAAUCUCUGCUCUUUUCCAGACAUCGCAAGUCGAAACAACCCAUCUGCUGCCAGCAGUUUCAUCCAGUUUGCUCCCGAAAAACUGCUGCUGUCAGUGCACCCCACACACCGGUGGGUUUGUGUUUGUGCCUUCUCUCUUUUAUGCGCAUUUUAUAGACUGGUAUAGUUGCUUGUAGACUAUGACCUGGGGUUAAUUUUACCUCUCCUGCCCUACAGGAAAAUGUAAGACAGCAGGGAGGCUUAAGCUGAUCCUAGAUCAGGACAAAUGAUUUGUUCCAGGACUGCCGUUUUAUAUUUGUGUGCAUAGAUCAAGCGCUGACAAACUCCAUAGUUAUCAGACAAUUCUAGAGUUUAUAUUUAUAUAGAGAGACUUUAUUGUUUGUUUACUGAUUUGUUUUCCUUACAGUCUGGUGCCUCUCUCUCUCUCUGACAUUUAGUUUCUAGACAAUCAAGUCAUAUGGGAAGAUAACUCGUAUCUAACCACAUAACAUAGUGAGGAAAUAUUAUCAUGACUAUCUUUACACCUGUCAGAUAAACUUAGACUUGGCAUGAUAGUUGUUGUCUAGUUUGACUAUACUCUUGAUACAUGGAUAGACAUGUGCUUCUGAUAUUACCUGUGAUUUGUAUUAUUUUUCUGAUAGACUAGUCAAGUUUGGAAAAAAAAAGCAAAUUUGCAGACAAUAUUGUAGGCACGUGACCACACAUUUGCCAGUUUCAGAUUGUAUUUUAUUAAUUACAAUAAAGCACUGUGUAUAGAUCUAGGUCAGCCUUU